UCCAGCUUUUAUUAUGGUGCACUGCCUUGUCCUGCGGCCUGUGCUGCUUGUUCAUGAAGCUGGAGUGGAGUCGUAGUGACGAGCGGGGUACUGAGACUAACCGGAUGUUUGUUGCCUUUAUCGACCGCAUUCUCUGGUCUGUCUGCCUCGCCUGGUUCUCGUUCGCCUGCAUCACCGGUCGAGGAGGAAUUGUCAACGGGUUCCUCUCGUGGAAAGGAUUCGUGCCACUAGCACGGCUCUCCUUCGGCGUGUACCUCAUCCAUGUGCCUUUCUACCACGUCAUGCACCGCAUUAGCAGAGAACGCAGAUUCUAUUCUCACUUUACAUUGGUAUCCAACUGCUUCGUUGUCCUUAUCUGGAGUUACAUCCUCAGCUACAUCCUAUCUAUCGCCUGCGAAGUUCCCACCGCACACCUAGAGAAGCUGGUGUUCGUGCGCGACCACAGGAAGGACAAUGCGGCCAAGGAAGAACGGCGGAAGCAGCACCACGCCGAUAACGAAGACGCCAAAGAUAUUCCUGCGAUAGCUAUUCAUAGCGGUACGUCUAAAAUUUAUCCACCAAGGCAUGAGCUUCCGUAAGAGAAAAAAAGAAAGUAAAGGCGAGACGCACCUAAAUGGAACUAGCUCCGACAUAUGCUACAUAUUGUGACUACAGUUUCAGCAAACAUGGAAAACUCCACUUCUUAGGGUGAAAUGGGGCGUUGUAUCGCAAAAAGGUGUCAAAAAGUCAGCCAUCCUAGCUUCAAUGAGCUCUAAAUUUCACACCAACUUUCAUGUGCCGUAAAAUUCACAUGGGAAAAGUUACAGAGCAUCACAUGACCCGUUUCUUGUUUAAGCAGCGCAUGUCGCGCUCUAUAUCAUACAAGCUGAAGAACACAGAAGGGCUAUACGUUGCGCUAGUUGGUCUAACAUAGAUACUUCCAGAUAAGCUCAAAAAAGUACACAUACACACGAAGAAGACACGACAGACGUGGACGAGCGGACACAGACGAGCGACAGACGCGGGCGAGCGGACGAGCGUUCGCGUCUGUCGUGUCGUUUUUGUGUGUAUGUGUAGUUUUUUGUGCUAUAUCUACAAGUAACUAUUAAAAACACAGCGAAGCCCAGUGCCAUCAAAAUUGAUGUCAGUGCAUGCCAUGGCAAGCGCUGGUGGAUAACAGUUCGUAUUUCAAAGCAGUUGAAAGUGCUCUGUUGAUAACAGCGAUAAAUUGAAUGACUUGUAUAAUUUGAUAAAUAUAACGUUGCAGACAUGAAACAAUGGGCAAAGAAAUUAUGAAGACGUGACCCGAAGCGCAGUGUUUUGUGCCACGCAAAGUAACCAGGAAUGAACAUUUUUUACGUGUCAUUUCUAUCAGGAGGAAAGACAGUAAUGUAGUGCAAUACUUUCGGAACAUUUUUCGAAACAAUCAUGAAUAAGCGAGAUGCGUUGGAACAAGUGGGAAAGCUAAAGGAUUGUCUACACGCAACAUUCAGUCUUUCCAUUCAUCCAUUGCUUUCGUCGGUCAGAGAAUUAGCUAUAGCGCUACUCGCAACUUUGUGUUUAGUGUACGCGCGCGCUUGUGACCUCGCUACUUUGCAUAUAUAUUUUGUGACAAUUCAUAAAUUUUUCACAUACAACGCCAUGGAGGUUGCCGGUUAGGCUCAUUUUGUCACUGCCAAUAAAGUUUUCUUUAUUC